UCACAGCCGCUUCUCCAGCCCAGCGGGGUGACGUAGCGCUUUCUUUUUCGCUAGGUCUGCAGCUCCAGAAUCAGACCUGCUGAGCUACUGCCUUUGGCUCUGCGACUUGCGGUUGUCGGCGAGAUUUCGCGCUGCCUGUCCUCUGCCGUUUCGUUAAUCUGUAGCGGAUCACUUUCCUAAAACCCGGGAAGAACAAAGGAAUAAAGAAGGAGACUCUCGGCGCCUGACCGUCUUGCUAGGAGUGGCUUCCUUUUCCGCUCGCUCCCGUCCGGAGAAGCUGCGUUUAAAAUCGUCACUGGAUUUGCAGCAGGUGAUUGGCGGAGAAGUGAGUCUCAAAGAAGUAAAGAUGAGUAAGAGCAAAGAUGAUGCUCCUCACGAACUAGAGAGCCAGUUUAUCUUACGGCUACCUCCGGAAUAUGCCUCUACUGUGAGGCGGGCAGUACAGUCUGGUCAUGUCAACCUGAAGGACAGACUGACAAUUGAAUUACACCCUGAUGGACGUCAUGGAAUCGUCAGAGUGGACCGGGUCCCUUUGGCCUCCAAAUUGGUAGAUCUGCCGUGUGUCAUGGAAAGUCUGAAAACCAUUGAUAAGAAAACUUUUUACAAGACAGCUGAUAUAUGUCAGAUGCUUGUUUCCACAGUUGAUGGUGAUCUCUAUCCUCCUGUGGAGGAACCAGUUGCUACUACUGAUCCCAAAGCGAGCAAGAAAAAGGAUAAGGACAAAGAGAAAAAGUUUAUAUGGAACCAUGGAAUUACUCUGCCUCUAAAAAAUGUCAGAAAGAGAAGGUUCAGGAAGACAGCAAAGAAGAAGUAUAUUGAAUCUCCAGAUGUGGAGAAAGAAGUGAAGCGGUUGCUGAGUACAGAUGCUGAAGCUGUCAGUACUCGUUGGGAAAUAAUUGCUGAAGAUGAAACAAAAGAAACAGAAAAUCAGGGCCUUGAUAUUUCUUCUCCAGGAAUGUCUGGUCACAGGCAGGGCCAUGACUCAUUAGAACACGAUGAACUUCGGGAGAUAUUCAAUGACCUCAGCAGCAGCAGUGAAGAUGAAGAUGAGACCCAGCAUCAAGAUGAAGAAGAUAUAAACAUCAUUGACACUGAGGAAGAUCUGGAAAGACAGCUACAGGACAAGCUGAAUGAAUCAGAUGAACAGCACCAAGAAAAUGAGGGAACCAGUCAGCUGGUUAUGGGAAUUCAGAAACAGAUUGAUAAUAUGAAAGGCAAACUCCAAGAGACCCAGGACAGGGCAAAACGACAGGAGGAUCUUAUUAUGAAAGUCGAAAACCUGGCUCUCAAGAACAGAUUUCAGGCUGUGCUGGAUGAACUCAAACAAAAGGAAGACCGAGAAAAGGAGCAGCUCAGCUCUUUGCAAGAAGAGCUAGAAUCACUCCUAGAGAAGUGAGAAGAGUUCUCGUACUUAAAUUCAUUCCUAGAUUGCUCAGCAUUCAAAGAAUAAUCUUGGCUUCAUCACCUGGACUAGAUGUAAAUUUACAGUGGUUCCCAUUUUCUCCAGUCUACUGCUGAUAUUUUCUUAUAGACAAACAUUAAUGUGAAUUGCUAUCUCCUUUGUCAGAACCACUUUGUUAGGUUUUAUUCUCUAGGAAGUAGGGAUGUAUACCCAGAUAAAUGAUUGUGGGAAAAUUGUAGGAUUAGUGGAAUGAACAGUUCAGCCUUAGUAAUCACACCAUGACUGCAGGACUUUGCUGCUGUUUCUCAUUUGCCAGAAGUGGCUUUUGUUUCUCUGCAGUGCCAUCUUAGGUCAGUAAGAUCUAGAGUCUAGUUUGCAGGCAGUGAAGCUAGUGUGCAUAUGUUUUCCCAUGCAGUGGUAGCUAUUUUCCCAGCUACUGAAGGCAUUUGUGCCCAUGUAUAGUUAAAAAUCAUUUCAUAAAGUGUUUUAACAAUAAAUAAAAGCAACAAAUUUUCACCUUCUAA